AUGGACGACUCUGAGAUCCGUUUAGAGUCACGGCACUGCAGGAGCGCCUGUCACAGCCGCGGGUCCACGGUGCGCGUGGCCUGGACGUCAGGCCUGCUCCUGGAGCCACAGGUCACUAGCAGUGACCCCUGUGGACGCGCCUUCAUGUGCUUGGUCAGACUCGGUGCCCAGGCCUGGAACUGGAUGCAGGCUGUGCACCCCGACUCCCCGGCCGCCUGCGUGACCGGGUGCUCCCCGCCAUUGCCCGCCUUGUCCGGGUUCUCACCACCUCCAGAGACCUUGCGGUGCCGCCUGCCGCCCGUGUGCCUGCCUGCGCGGAGGCCCUGCUUCCAGAGUGCCCGCGCUGAGGGAUGGCCCUGCAGCGCCUACGGCUCAGGGUGGCGGAGGGCCCUGCGCCCGCAUCCGCCUCUCGCGCUGCCCUUCGUGCUGUCCGGCGUGGAGGCUGCCACCUGGGGUGCGCCGGGCCCCGGCCCCCGUGGAGCCACAGGCUAUGCAGGGCGUCUGCGGGCGCCCUGGCGGCGCUCCGGGUUGCGGGCCAGGGCCGGGAGCCCAGCAGUAGGUCCUUCUCGGAAAGUGGCCCCUCCGUGUCCGACGCGGCCUUCGGCCACGCGGUCGGCGCUGCACGGGCCGUGGCCGCCCGUCGGUGGAGGUGUGGGGCCUGAGCGCGCAGCGCUGGCCCGUCGAGACCCACCAGGCGAGGCCGUGGGCGCCACCGCCCCGCCCUUCCUGUGCUUCCAUGAGGCCCACGAGCGCCUUCGCAGCGAGCCGCGUUCCCUCUGCAGCGGUGACGGCGUCUCCGAGGUCCACGAGCACCUUCGCAGCGAGCCGGGUUCCCUCUGCAGCGGUGACGGCGUCUCCGACAGCGCCAAGCGCUGCUGCACGGGGCCGGGGUUCCUCGUGGCUUACAGGUUGUCAUCUUUCACGCGGCGCUGUCCUGACGGGCCCUACAACAGCUUCUUCCAGAUGUUCGAUAGGUCCACCCAGAGGGAAGAGACGCUGGAGGCCUCCAGAGAGAACAGCAGGCCCCAGGCCAGCCUGCAGCCUCACAGGGUGUGUGCGGGCAGGCAGUGGACGGGCGAGGUGAGCGUGGGCAGCCUGCAACAGCAGGAAGACCCUGCCCACGUGGGCACGCGGCCGAGAGUGUCACCGCCGUGGCCGCCACCAGCCAGCCAGCCACCUGUACACCUUCCAGGAUGA